UCAUAUAGCCUAGCAGUAUUUUCCACUCUUCAGUCCACUCUUUAUGACAGCAGACUGUGGAGCCCCAGUUAGAGACAGACAUGAUACCUGCAGUGGUACUGAUGACCCUGUUCUGGUUCACAGAUCUCCAGGCUCAAAGCUUCAGUCCACCAGAUCUCCAGGCUCAAAGCGUCAGUCCAUCAGCUGAAGACUUCGUCAGACUGGUGAAUGGGACCACUUCCUGUUCUGGGACAGUGGAAGUCUUCUACAGAGGAGAGUGGUUGGGUCUUUGUACUAGUGGGUGGUGGAGAAUGAUCAGAGAGGUUAAGGUUGUGUGUAGAGAGAUGACCUGUGGGAAUCCUGUAUCUGUAUCUAGAGGACCACUGAUUGAAGAUGGAAGAAGAGGACUCAGACUAUAUGGGUGUCGUGGAAAUGAGUCUUCUAUUAGACUGUGUGGCAGAAGAGGACCUGGUGUCUGUAAUGGUGGAUAUUAUCAUCAUGUGACCUGUUCAGACUCUGUGCGUCUUGUGGGUGGAGCUGGUCUCUGCUCUGGGAGAGUGGAGGUGAAGUCCAAUCAGUCCUGGGCCUCAGUGUGUGAAGCUGACUUUGACCAGCAGGAUGCAGAGGUAGUCUGUAGGGAUGUUGGCUGUGGGGCUCCUGCAGCUCUACAGGGGGGGCUCUAUGGAGAAGGUGAGGGUCAGACCUGGGAUAAAGAGUUCCGGUGUAAAGGCAAAGAGUCCCUUCUCCUGGACUGUGACACCUCAGACAGAGAGAACAACACGUGCCUACCUGGUAAUGCUGUUGGACUCACCUGCUCAGAGCCUGAUGAUGUGAGGCUGGUUGGAGGAGGCAGUCGCUGUGCUGGUGGAGUAGAGUGGUACGACCAGGGAGAGUGGAGGACUGUGGGAGCUGAUGACAGGAACCAGAGGGAUGUAGCUGCAGUAGUGUGUAGACAGCUGGGUUGUGGCUCCACUGUUUCAGUACCACCUGGAAACACCACAAGAGGGAUUAGAGUUUCCUGUUCUGGGUCUGAGUCUUCACUGAGGGAGUGUUGGAGAACAUAUGAUCUCCGUCCUGGACUCACAGUGAUCUGCUCAGGUAAUAACAAGAUACACUAUGUGGCCAAAAGUAGGUGGACAUUAGGUGGCACGUCUAGGAGCAACAACGGCUCAGCUGCAAAACGCCAAUACAGGGCUAAGACUGAAUCAUUCUACACCAGCUCCAACGCAGGGCUUGUGGCAGGGCUUGCAAACUAUUACAGACUACAAAGGAAGCACAGCCGCGAGCCUCCCAGUGAGACAAGCCUAGCAGACAAGCUAAAUCACUUCUGUGCUCGCUUCGAGGCAAAUCACCUGGUCCAGCCUGAUAUCUUCCUGACUGACCCAAUGGGAGGGGUCUUCAGGGGCCACCAGGGGCCCGAGAUGUUCAGGGGCUACAACUUCACCAUCACCUGCUCCACUCAGCCACAGUACCCAGGAGGCUCCUUCCUCCUCACGUUCACCGGCUCCAACAGAACCCAGACCCAGCCAGCUGUCAAUCACUCUGCUGCCUUCCUCUUCCCUGCUGCAGAUGACUCCCAACAAGGGAACUACAGCUGUGUUUAUGAGAAUGAUGUUUUCGCUCAUAACUUCUCCUCUGAGAGUGAGCUCCUCUCCCUCACCAUCACAGGUGGAGGGGAGUGGGCUCUGUACGUAACGCCGCUCGAUGUCCGCAUCCAGCUCCCACACUACCGGUGCCACCAGGCAAGAGGCCGAAAUUCGGGAGUGGGAGGUGAUCUAUGGACCGCCUCCUCUGUGUCAUACAUCCGGGACAGUGCGUUGCCUUCGCGUUCUGGGAACCUGGGUUCAGUCUCCACCUUGCUCCCGUCUCCACCUUGCCUGGAUGGUUCAGUCCCACCUUGCCUGGCGAGGGUUCAGUCCGAGGUAAGGGUUCAGAGCUUGCCUCAGGUGACCACCUUGCCUGGCGAGGGUUCAGUCUCCACCUUGCCUGCAGGGUUCCGCCCGGGCGAGGGUGUACCUCCUGGCGAGGGUUCAGUGGUGGCAGUCCAGAUGGCGAGUAAUGGGUUCAGUCUCCACCUUGCCUGUGUGGCAUCAAGAGGACCUGGUGUCUGUGAUGGUGGAUAUUAUCGUCAUGUGACCUGUUCAGAGUCUGUGCGGCUUGUGGAUGGAGCUGGUCUCUGCUCUGGGAGAGUGGAGGUGAAGUCCAAUCAGUCCUGGGCCUCAGUGUGUGAAGCUGACUUUGACCGGCAGGAUGCAGAGGUAGUCUGUAGGGAUGUUGGCUGUGGGGCUCCUGCAGCUCUACAGGGGGGGCUCUAUGGAGAAGGUGAGGGUCAGACCUGGGAUAAAGAGUUCCAGUGUAAAGGCAAAGAGUCCCUUCUCCUGGACUGUGACACCUCAGACAGAGAGAACAACACCUGCCUACCUGGUAAUGCUGUUGGACUCACCUGCUCAGAGCCUGAUGAUGUGAGGCUGGUAGGAGGAGGCAGUCGCUGUGCUGGUGGAGUGGAGUGGUACGACCAGGGAGAGUGGAGGACUGUGGGAGCUGAGGACUGGGAUGUAGCUGCAGUAGUGUGUAGACAGCUGGGUUGUGGCUCCAAUGUUUCAGUACUACCUGGAAACACCACUAGAGGGUUUGGAGUUUCCUGUUCUGGGUCUGAGUCUUCACUGAGGGAAUGUUGGAGAACUUAUGAUCUCCGUCCUGGACUCACAGUGAUCUGCUCAGAUCUCCUGGUCCAGCCUGAUAUCUUCCUGACUGACCCAAUGGGAGGGGUCUUCAGGGGCCACCAGGGGCCCGAGAUGUUCAGGGGCUACAACUUCACCAUCAUCUGCUCCACUCAGCCACAGUACCCAGGAGGCUCCUUCCUCCUCACGUUCACCGGCUCCAACAGAACCCAGACCCAGCCAGCUGUCAAUCACUCUGCUGCCUUCCUCUUCCCUGCUGCAGAUGACUCCCACCAAGGGAACUACAGCUGUGUUUAUGACAAUGAUGUUUUCUCUCACAACUUCUCCUCUGAGAGUGAGCUCCUCUCCCUCACCAUCACAGAAGAGGAGGUCUUCUGGACGGAGAAAGAAGUUCUCCCGAAAGAGGAGGAGGAAGAGAAGGAUGUUUCAAUACAAAAACAAGUAGAGGGUGAAGCUGUUCCCGUGAAAGAAGAAGAGAAAGACGUUUCAGUGGAAGAAAAGGAAGACUCGUUCAGAUUGAAAGAGGAGGAGGCGGAGAUGACUGUCACAUCGGAGAGACGUGACUAUCGUGGAUCCUCUGGGGAGCCUCAACAACAUCAUGAAGCUGACGAGGCAGAGAAGAGUCCCUCCCGAUCAGAACACCUCAAGAAACACCCUGACUUGUGUAUGUCAGUGGAGCCCCAGUUAGAGACAGACAUGAUACCUGCAGUGGUACUGAUGACCCUGUUGUGGAGCACAGAUCUCCAGGCUCAAAGCGUCAGUCCACCAGAUAAAUACUCAGUCAGACUGGUGAAUGGGACCACUUCCUGUUCUGGGACAGUGGAAGUCUUCUACAGAGGAGAGUGGUUGGGUCUAUGUUUUAGGUGGUGGGACAUGAUGAGAGAGGUUAAGGUUGUGUGUAGAGAGCUGGACUGUGGGAAUCCUGUAGCUGAAUCUAGAGGACCUCUGAUUGAAGAUGGAAGAAGAGGAGUCACGAUGUGGAGUUGUAGGAGAGAUGAGUCUUCUACUAGACGGUGUAACAUCAUAGAAGGACCUGGUGUCUGUGAUGGUGGAUAUUAUCGUCAUGUGACCUGUUCAGACUCUGUGCGGCUUGUGGAUGGAGCUGGUCUCUGCUCUGGGAGAGUGGAGGUGAAGUCCAAUCAGUCCUGGGCCUCAGUGUGUGAAGCUGACUUUGACCGACAGGAUGCAGAGGUAGUCUGUAGGGAUCUUGGCUGUGGGGCUCCUGCAGCUCUACAGGGGGGGCUCUAUGGAGAAGGUGAGGGUCAGACCUGGGAUAAAGAGUUCCAGUGUAAAGGCAAAGAGUCCCUUCUCCUGGACUGUGACACCUCAGACAGAGAGAACAACACCUGCCUACCUGGUAAUGCUGUUGGACUCACCUGCUCAGAGCCUGAUGAUGUGAGGCUGGUGGGAGGAGGCAGUCGCUGUGCUGGUGGGAGUGGAGUGGUACGACCAGGGAGAGUGGAGGACUAUCUCCUGGUCCAGCCUGAUAUCUUCCUGACUGACCCAAUGGGAGGGGUCUCCAGGGGCCACCAGGGGCCCGAGAUGUUCAGGGGCUACAACUUCACCAUCAUCUGCUCCACUCAGCCACAGUACCCAGGAGGCUCCUUCCUCCUCACGUUCACCGGCUCCAACAGAACCCAGACCCAGCCAGCUGUCAAUCACUCUGCUGCCUUCCUCUUCCCUGCUGCAGAUGACUCCCACCAAGGGAACUACAGAUGUGUUUAUGACAAUUAUGUUUUCUCUCAUAACUUCUCCUCUGAGAGUGAGCUCCUCUCCCUCACCAUCACAGCUGAACUCCCAGUCAGACUGGUGAAUGGGACCACUUCCUGUUCUGGGACAGUGGAAGUCUUCUACAGAGGAGAGUGGUUGGGUCUAUGUUUUAGGUGGUGGGACAUGAUGAGAGAGGUUAAGGUUGUGUGUAGAGAGCUGGACUGUGGGAAUCCUGUAGCUGAAUCUAGAGGACCUCUGAUUGAAGAUGGAAGAAGAGGAGUCACGAUGUGGAGUUGUAGGAGAGAUGAGUCUUCUAUUAGAUGGUGUGACAUCAUAGGAGGACCUGGUGUCUGUGAUGGUGGAUAUUAUCGUCAUGUGACCUGUUCAGAGUCUGUGCGUCUUGUGGAUGGAGCUGGUCUCUGCUCUGGGAGAGUGGAGGUGAAGUCCAAUCAGUCCUGGGCCUCAGUGUGUGAAGCUGACUUUGACCGGCAGGAUGCAGAGGUAGUCUGUAGGGAUCUUGGCUGUGGGGCUCCUGUAGCUCUACAGGGGGGGCUCUAUGGAGAAGGUGAGGGUCAGACCUGGGAUAAAGAGUUCCAGUGUAAAGGUAAUGAGUCCCUUCUCCUGGACUGUGACACCUCAGACAGAGAGAACAACACUUGCCUACCUGGUAAUGCUGUUGGACUCACCUGCUCAGGUAAGAAACACUUUGUCACUCAGUCAACAUUGUUUCUCACCUGGAGUGAAAAAUAUGAG